ACAAUAUUCCCGAAAAUACUAAAACCGCUGUUCACGAAUCGGUCUGCAUCUUCCUCUGUCUGUGUAUUGCAUAUCGGAUCUGCACAUCUCGUAAUCGAAGACGAGACAUCACGAGAUUUCACUAGCAAAUACUCGCUUAACUACAAGUUCCAAGUGACCAAUCAGAUAUCGGAUCAGGAAAUUGUUUUUAAUUUUAAGCCAAUCAUAGACAUCGUGACAAGUGUAAAUAUAGAAACCACAUGUAGCUGUCAGACGCCAUUCAGAUACCAAAGAGGGAGCAUCGUUUUAUAGUAGAGUAUCCAUAUUUUGUGUAGAACUGAACCUACAAAAAUGUCUGACAAGUCUCCUAUACAUCCUCAAUUCCAGUCUAAAGAGGUUUUCUUUUUGGACUGCAAAAUCUGUGAAAAUACCGUCUGCCGCCGAGCAAUGGAAUCGGUUUUAGUGGCUGACUCGGAUACAAGGUUAUUUUCAACAGACUGUCCUGAGAAAAGCUGUGUUGCCUUGACAGGUGAAAGGUUUGAGACAGACACCUGUAACUGUCAGCUGGAGAAUGUGGCCUGCACUCAAUGUGGCAAUGUGGUUGGUUAUAAUGUGAGACUGCCCUGUAAAACCUGUUUACAGUCCUGUAAUAAUGGCCACCUGUGGAUGUUUUACACAGACAAGAUAUCACCAUAUGAGAGAUUUGAAAAGAAAGGAGAUGAAAUUUUGCUGUGGGGGAACAUUCCCAAAGCCUCCCAUGACCACUCUCUCGAUUUCCUCAUCGAUGAAUGUCUUCGUUAGAUCAUUCAGCCACAAUGUACAGAGAGACAACAAUCCCAGCAGUUUGUGUGAUACAUUUAUUUUGUAAACAUUUUGUCCAUUUUAUGUUACUUUGGAAAAAAGUGCUCAAAUUGUGCCAUCCAACUGGAAAUAAUACUAUGUUAUGUACAGAAUAGUUUUUGUCCAUGUGUCAGACAUUGUUAACUGUAACUAGGCAUUUGUUUUUUUUUUCAAAUUGUGCUGAUAGACUUGUGCAAUAGCCGAGAUUAAAUGUAAUUUCUGUCUCGUUAAAAUGUGUAAAAUCAACUCGUUCAUGUUGGUGUCUUGACACACUGACAAAGUUAAUGAAGGGCUUUAAUGUUGAUGUAGAUGACAUCUGAAUGAUUUACAAAAUCUGUGAUAUUAUAAACAUUCAUUUCCUACUGGUAGAGGAUUUAUUGUGCUUUAUUUGCUCACAGGAGGUGAGACUUUAUUUACAGAUGUAUACAGUUGAUAUGAUUCCAUUGUAAGCUUGUUUUACAAGCAAUAGUAUCUACAUUUCAUGUCAAAUAUUAAUCACAAUAUUAUUGUUCUGUUUUUGUUAAACAAUCUGGUUCAUUGAAUUAAAUUUAUAAAAGGAA